AGUUCUACUUAAAGGUGAAGGUCAAUGAGUAGUAAGGUACAGUUAACUUUGGCGUUAAUUAAGCCAUGUGCUUUUGCCCGACCAUUUAUUCAGAAUGAUAUACAGUGGACGUUGAUAAAAAAUGGGUUUUACAUAAUAAGGUCCAAGGUUGUCAAGCUGAGUAAAGAAUCAGUUUCGGAUUUUUACGAAGAACACAAGAAGCGAUUUUUUUACAAUAGGCUAAUUCAUCAUAUGUCGGCAGGACCUUUAUCUGCUUUAAUAUUAGCAAAAUAUGGUGGCAUAGCAGAGUGGAGAAGCCUUAUGGGACCAACAAAAGUUUUGAAAACAGUCCACGAACAACCAGAAAGUCUCCGAGGUUUAUAUGGCCUUAGCGACUCAAGAAAUGGUCUACACGGCUCCGAUUCGGAAGAAAGCGCAAAGAGAGACAUAGAAUUUUUCUACCCAGAAGUGGACUACAAUAAAUUGUUGAAACAAGUUGAUAAUUCUAUAAAGAACAAUCUAUUAUAUUAUGAUUGUCAAAAACGAAUUCCUGACGAUUUGAAAAGUUCUUCUAGCGAUAAUUCGCUAAGGAGAAAAUCAAGAAACAUUUCCGAAAAGAAAAGAAGAGAUCAGUUCAAUUUAUUAAUUAAUGAAUUAUGGCAAAUGGUUUCUUCGAACGGAGAGAAAAUGGAUAAAGUAUCUAUACUGAAAGCUGCUAUUGAUAGGAUCAAAGAACACGGUGACGAAUCGAAAACAUUAAAGGAUGAUCAAUUCAAUGAAGAAUUAAAGCCGUUCUUCUUCACUGAUGUCGAAUUCUCCCGAUUUAUGAUGGAAGCUCUGGACGCAAUAUUUUUGGUCCUCGAUAAAUCUGGAACUAUUCUUUACGUUUCCCGAACUAUUUUUGGAUUAUUAGGUUUUGCACAGAGUGAAAUUGAAAAUAAAUCGGUUUACGAUUAUAUCCAUCCCAGCGACUGCAAGAAAUUAUACGAUUUGCUAAAUCUGGAUGACAUUACACUGUACAAGGAGACAGAGAAGAAUCAGAAGAAUCAAUUAUGUGUAGAGCUACAUAUGAAGAGGAGAGAUAAUGACUACUUUAACGACAAACCCGUAUUCCAAUUGGUUAGGAUUAGCGGCCUAAUCAAGAAGCGCUUUAAGUCGGAACAAUUUGAUAUUCUGCCAAUAUCCAAUGCAUCCUUAGAUAAUAAAUUCGACUGUAUCAAGACGCCUUUAAAAUUCUCUAUAUGUGUCUAUGAAGCAUCUCGAGAUAAAUAUAUCUCAGCAUCCCUUAGAGGUACUGGAGUGUGGGAGAAACGUAUGAGCAAGCGUCUACUUAAAGCUUUGUCCUUCAAGAAGAAUUCGAUUUUAAUAGAUAUUGGAGCCAAUAUUGGAUAUUUUACAUUAUUGGCAGCUAAUUUUGGUCACAAUGUUAUUGCAGUGGAGCCAAAUCUAGAAAGUGCUAGGAGGUUAAGCGUCUCAGUUGCGUUAAACGGGUUCCACUCGAACGUGACCAUCGUUCGGAAUGCUCUAUUUGAUAGAAUAUGCAGGGCGGAAAUGACUAGAAACGAUGAUAAUCAAGGUGGAAUUUGGAUUAAGCGCUGUACCCCGAAAGGAGACGUAAGAACAACCUUCCUACAGCAUUUAUCCGCAAUUGUUAGUCCUUCUCAAGUUGGUGUCCUCAAAUUAGAUGUUGAGGGUUUUGAGUGCAGAGUCUUAGAAAGGUCAGAAGGAUUUUUGAAAACACCUUAUAUAUUCAUGGAAUGGAAUAAAAUGUUUAUCAAACGGAACCUUUACUCGACUCCUUGCACCGAAGUUCAAAUACAAGCAAUGGUUCAUACCCUCCUACAAAAAGGAUACGUUGCACAUGAUAUCGACAGCGGUAACCAAAAGUCGUAUCAGGAUCCGAUAAAUCCUUCUGAUAUUAACGAAGAGAGAUAUUUCAGCUGUAGUAUUCGGUUAUUAAACGCUACUACUCUAAGAGAAUUGGGAGUAGUAGAUGAAAAAAAUAACGAAUUUUCAACUAGAUAUAAUUUAGAAUGGAAGUUUUUAUACAUCGAUCAGAGGGCGCCCUUCCUCAUAGGUUACAUGCAUUUCGAGUUGCUUGGUACCAGUUGUUACCAGUACUGUCAUCCAGAUGAUAUAUUGAGUGUCUUCGAAGGACAUACUCAACUUCUAAAAGUUGGACAGCACGUAUCCAACUUUUAUAGAUUUUUAACCAAGGGACAACAAUGGAUUUGGAUACGUACUCACUACUUUAUUACGUACAAUCAAUGGAAUUCAAGACCUGAGUUUAUCUCUGGUACUCAUACUGUUUAUAGCGCAUCAAGCGUAAGACAACAAUAUCAACAGCUUCCUUCGUGCGCAUUUUCAGAAAAAUCAGAAUCGCAGAACUUAGAUCUUAACUACCCGAUGCGUGAUCAAGAGAAGCAUGUGUUUUCACUUUCCGAAGCUGCUCCAGUAAAUCAGCAAUGCACCUAUCAGCAAAACAUCGAAACAUUCAAAUUCGACGAAAUUCCGCGCACCUCGAAAGCUUAUAUAGACUCAACAACUAGUGAUGGAAGGGUGGACUACUAUUUAAGGAAUCAUCCCAAUAGGAAACCGUCUGUAUUCCCAGUAACUUUCCAACAGAGAUAUUCACCGUCGCAAAGUUAA